CAACAUGUGACAGCUAUCUUGAGUGUGCGCACACUGGGCACAUUGCAUUAUAAUAUGGCUGUCAGGGAGUGAAACGCAUGCUACAUCAGUCUGUGAGACGAAAACGCCUUUAUUUGGGGCCGAAGUUGGACGAAUAAGGCAACAUGUCUCGACAUAGAAAUGUCCGAGGUUAUAACUACGAUGAAGACUUUGACGAUGACGACAUGUACGGCCAGUCUGUGGAUGAUGACUACUGCAUCUCACCAGCUACAGCGGCCCAGUUCAUCUACUCCCGUCAGGAGAGGGCGGCCCCCAACGUGGAGCCCGUAGAGGAGGAGGAGUGUGAGGAUGAGGAGAUGCCCACGUCCCCUACCAUCACCCCCAACCUCGACCCUCUCGACCAGGGCAAGCUGUACUCAUGUCUGGACCAGAUGCGUGCAGUACUGGGAGACACGGUACCAGACUUGGUCCUGACCCAGGCUGCCCUGGGCUGUGGCUUUGACCCCCAGAGGGCCCUGGAUACCGUGCUGUCUGGGGACAGUGGGACGGCGCCCCUCCCACAGAGAGUCCCCAAGGAGACGCCAAGAACCAACCAGGGGACGGCACCAGUGGUGAAGACCAAUCAGGAAGCCCCAACUUGCCCCCACCCAGAGAAAGCUAAAAGCAGAGAUGGGCCUAAUAAACUAGACUGUGAGGUUGUCCCCAAAGUGGCCCGAAUGACGAUCUCAGGCAAGAAACAGACCAUGGGCUUUGAAGUGCCAAGCGUGGAGGAGAACGGCCUCCUCAUCCCCCCCGGGCGGCGCGGGGGCAGCCCAGACGACGUCUCCCGCCCCGAGACCCCCUCCAGGCGCCCCGAGACCCCCUCCAGGGGCUCCGGAGCAGGGGAGGAGCCCACCACCACCCCGGGCCGGACGCCAGGGAAGGCCAGGCAGCAGCUCGACAUCAAGGCCGAGCUGGAGAAGAGGCAGGGGGGCAAGCCCCUCCUCAACCUGGUGGUUAUUGGCCAUGUGGACGCGGGGAAGAGCACCCUGAUGGGCCAUCUGCUGUACCUGCUGGGGAACGUCAACAAGCGCACCAUGCACAAGUACGAGCAGGAGUCCAAGAAGGCCGGCAAAGCCUCCUUCGCCUACGCCUGGGUCCUGGAUGAGACCGGCGAGGAGAGGGACAGAGGGGUGACCAUGGACGUGGGGAUGACCAAGUUCGAGACGGCGUCUAAAGUCGUCACCCUGAUGGACGCCCCGGGACACAAAGACUUCAUCCCUAACAUGAUCACUGGAGCUGCACAGGCGGACGUGGCCGUGCUGGUGGUGGACGCCAGCAGAGGGGAGUUUGAGGCGGGGUUCGAGGCUGGCGGGCAGACGCGGGAACACGGCCUGCUGGUGCGCUCCCUGGGGGUCACGCAGCUCGCCGUCGCCGUCAACAAGAUGGACCAGGUGAGCUGGCAACAGGAGAGAUUCCAGGAGAUCGUGUCCAAACUGGGCCACUUCCUCAAGCAGGCGGGCUUCAAGGACUCGGACGUGUUCUACGUCCCCACCAGUGGGCUGUCCGGGGAGAACUUGACCUCCAGGUGCACCGUGUCUGAGCUCACCUCCUGGUACUCUGGCCCCAGUCUGCUGGAACAGAUCGAUUCCUUCAAGUCUCCUCAGAGGUCUGUAGAGAAGCCCUUCAGACUGUGUGUCUCUGAUGUAUUUAAAGACCAAGGUUCAGGGUUCUGCGUGACAGGGAAGAUUGAGGCUGGCUACAUCCAGACUGGAGACAGAGUCCUGGCCAUGCCCCCAAACGAGACCUGCACUGUUAAAGGCAUCACCCUCCACGACGAGCCCCUUGACUGGGCCGCGGCCGGGGAUCAUGUCAGCCUCACGGUGACCGGCAUGGACAUCAUCAAGAUCAAUGUGGGCUGUGUCUUCUGCGACCCCAAGGAGCCGAUUCGAGCCUGCUCCCGCUUCAAGGCCCGCGUGCUGCUCUUCAACAUCGAGGUCCCCGUCACCAAGGGCUUCCCUGUACUUUUGCACUACCAGACUGUGAGUGAGCCAGCCACCAUCAGGAAGCUGGUGAGUGUUCUGCACAAGAGCAGUGGAGAGGUGAUCAAGAAGAAACCAAAGUGUUUGGGGAAGGGGAUGAACGCUAUCGUAGAGAUCCAGACUCACCGGCCUGUGGCGUUGGAGCUCUAUAAGGACUUCAAGGAGCUGGGCCGCUUCAUGCUGCGCUACGUGGGCUCCACCAUAGCUGCAGGGGUCGUCACCGAGAUUAAAGAAUGACUGUUGCUCAGGUCCAAGUUUGGAACCAGCCCAUACUGGCUCCAGGCAGCAUGUGCCCUCAGACAAAGUGCAAUUCCUUAGAGACUGUCAUCCGUGACCUCAUGAUCGAGGCUUCACUUCCAUCCAUCCUUCUAUCCAUCCAUCCAUUGCAGUACCUCCAUAACAGCUUGACGUACACUAUCACUGCAACAGUCCACAUCGACAACCUCAGACAGACUGUCAAAUGGCCAAGGCAUGUUAACAAGCCCAAUCUCAAAAUGGCUGCCACCCUGCCUCUCUAGCCAGAGCAAUGAGUCAACCAAAAAAAAUAAAAGCAAUACCGUCUUACUUUCAUCCUACUUAUCCAAGCUUCCAGGAGCAAUGUUGAACGCAUGAAAAGUACACAAGGGCUUGGAACUACACUUCCCAACAAACAUAUCUCAAGCCCCUCCCCCAAACACAUCUCCUCCCACCGCUAAAUCUGAUUGCUCGGAAUACUCCUGCUUCAUUCAAUGAAGUUCAUUAUACCCUCCCCCAAGAGACAAUCUUUCUGAAUGGUGUUUUUAUUUUCAUAACGAUUGUUUAAUUUUUUUCAGCACAAAGUGUUGUUGGUCAUUUUUUUGGACUGAUUAUUUAACAGGAUGUCGCAACUGAGUCAUAAGUUAGUGCUGAGAGGCCAGUAUGCAAGUGCUGGUUGAUAGAAAGUCAAUCAGGGGGGCAUCUCAAUACUUCAGGAUCCUCCCUCCACUCCCUCUAUCGAAUUCCACUUGAUUUGAAAGCAGUUCAACCUGUGGUCAGCCAUAUUUAUCUAAGCUAUUAUUCUGUGCUUUCAGAACAGUGGAGAGGAGGAGGAGGACAAGAUGUGCUCCCAAAGUAACAUACUGACCUGUCAGCUCUGUUUCUCACACUGCUAUGUUUUAGUUGAAACAUUUUGAAUUUGCUGUGGCAAAGGAAACAAAGGUUUCUCUCAUGACUCGAUGACAAUGUUAGCCACAUAUUUCACUCUGAACUGACAGUAUGUGAGCAGGAUUUAAUUCUUACAUCAGAAUCAGCUGUCUAGAAUUUGACUGGGAAAAGUGAAGAUCAAAUGGUUUUGAAGUUAUUCGUAAAUAUUAAUUCAAAUUGCAAAAAGACUAACCUCAAAUAGUUAUAUUUUAAAUAAAUAUGACACUUAUAAUUUGUAGGACUUGCUUGGCCAUGACAGGAGUAUUUCUGACACACUAAUCGUUCUGCAUCUAAAACAGGUUGUAGAUCUCGAAGGGAACAACGGCAGAGUUGAGAAUUGUUAAUGACGGUGGGAUGAAUAAACAUGUAUGACGAACUGCA